AUGGAUGAUUAAGAUAAAAUUCAAGAAGAUGAAUGUAUGAAUUAAUAUUGUACAAUUGAAUCAUAAAAUGUAUAUCCUGCUAAAUUUAGUGAUUAAAUUCUAUUUUUUUGUAAAGAAUGUCUUGAAUUAUACACUGAGAAAAAGUGCUGUUAUUUCUGUGCAUAAGUAUUUACUCUUAUAUUUUAGGUUUAUAGUGAUUAAAAUGAAAAUUUUUUGGAUGGUCAAAAAUGGAUAGCUUGUGAUUAGGAAAAAUGUGACAAAUGGGUAUUAAAAUUAUAAUAAAUUUAUUUAAGACACAUUUAUGUUGUGAAGCAAAAAAUGGAAUUCAUGCAAUUGAAUGUUUAGUAGAAGACAUGAAAUUUAAAUACACUUGUCCAUGGUGUAGAAUUGAAGAUUAAAAAUAAAGAAAUAUGAAACCUCUUCAAAGAUCCAUCAACAGAAAAGGAUUUAAAUUUUUGGAGAAAAUUCAUAAAAGGAAGGGUAGUACAUAUGAACCUCCUAUAAAUAAUAAUAAUAAUGGUGCUUCAUAUUUUAACUCAACAUAUUCAAUUAAAUCGAGUUAUUUAGAUGAACUCUUAAAAAAGAAUGGAGGGUUUAGUUAAUAAAUAACUUAAGAAGAGAUGUAAAUAGAUUUAUAGAAAAUGAUUUCAUUGGUUAAAUAAUGA